CUUUCGGGAUUGUAGUCUCUUCCAGUCCGGCGGCUUCAGCAGCUCGUCCCGGCGGCGGCGGCGGCGGCGCCGAAACUCUCGCCAACAUGGGCAAGUCGUUCGCUAACUUCAUGUGCAAGAAGGAUUUCCACCCGGCCUCCAAGUCCAACAUUAAAAAGGUCUGGAUGGCAGAGCAAAAAAUCUCGUAUGAGAAAAAGAAACAGGAAGAACUAAUGCAACAAUAUGUAAAAGAACAAGAUUUGUACGAUAACAGGUUGCUCAUGGGUGAUGAACGAGUAAAAAAUGGGCUUAACUUUAUGUACGAAGCACCUCCAGGAACAAAGUCUGAGAGUACUGAGGCAGAAGGGGAAACUGAAUAUAAGUUUGAAUGGCAGAAGGUUGCUCCACGAGAAAAAUAUGCCAAGGAUGACAUGAACAUUCGAGACCAGCCUUUUGGAAUCCAGGUUCGGAAUGUCAGGUGUAUUAAAUGCCAUAAAUGGGGUCAUGUGAAUACAGACAGAGAAUGCCCAUUAUUUGGCCUUUCAGGAAUCAAUGCAAGUUCAGUGUCUACAGAAGGUGCAGGCCCAUCGAUGCACCCCUCAGAGCUGAUGGCAGAGAUGAAAAACAGCGGCUUUGCACUGAAACAAAGUGUGUUGGGCAGGAAUACAAAUGAUUCAUCACAGGUGUACGUAGCAAGCGAAGAGGAUGACGAUCCUGAGGUGGAAUUUUUAAAAUCUCUUUCUACUAAACAAAAACAAAAACUUUUGAGGAAACUUGAUCACAUGGAAAAAAAGAAAAAGCGAGAGAAAAAGAAAAAGCAAAAGAAGAAGAAAAGCAAAGGUAAACAGAAGAAGAAAAAGGAAAGUAGUUCAUCCUCUUCCAGUGAAACCACGGAAAGUAGUUCUAGUGAUUCGGAUGUUGAAGAAAAAAGAGAUGUGCGCAAGAAAAAGAAAUCUUCAAAGAAAAAACGAAAUACUUCUUCGGACCGUGAUGUUGGCAAAAGUAACUCUCAUAACCAAAAUUUGACCAAAACCUAUUCAAGCAAUGAAUCCAAGGUUUUACACAAGGGUUCAGAGACAACCAGUAGCAGAAAACAGAGUAGGAGUAGAAGUAGAAGCAAAAAUAGGGAAAGAAGUCAAAGCCGAAGCCACAGCAGAGAUGUGCAUAGAGAGCGAAAAAGAGGAGACAGGCAAAGCAGAAGUCACAGUAGAGAAAAAUACAGUGGCAGGACAUAUAGAGAUCAAAGCCGGAGCAGAGAGGGAGAUUGGAAGAGCAGAACAGAUGGCAGGCACCAGAUUGGAAGAAGCAGUAGAUAUAAGCAGAAGGAAAGGAGAGAGAGUGAAAAUCAGAAAACAUAUCAGCAAAGUGUGCAAUGGAGAGAACAAGGGACCGUAAGGAUGAGGCAAAGCAUGAAAGAGGGUUUAUAUAAUACCUAAUGUAUCAGAAGUGACAAAGUCCUUGAAAUGAAUAGAGGCAGAAAGGCAGAACCCGAAGGGCUUUUUUAUUGUUAACAAAACAUUAAUUGACAUGCUAUAAACAAUUUUGCUAAGUGUAUAAGCCGUUUGUUGAAUGUUUUAGCAAUUUAAUUUAUGUACAGUCUUUUGUGCUAUUAGACAUGACAGCUGUUUAAUCCCUUAAUCUACUACUGUAUUUUUUUCUAAUUUCUUCUUAAAUAAAUUCCAUGUUAAAAGACAA